UUCAGUGAGAGGAAGAAGGAGGAGCAGCGUGUUCUACACGGGCGCUUGCCCUGAAUGGGAGAGCCUUGGCCAGGCGACUCUCCCACGGCGGCAGCAACAGGAGCGGCGGGGUUACUAGCAGCCGCAGCCUCCCCAGCCUGCUGCUCCAGGCCUGGAACCUACUGGACUAGCGCCCGCUUCCCAGCAGAGAACGCCUGGAGUUCAUUGUGGCAGUGGAUAACAGCUCAAAUAACAAGGAUUGCAAGAGUGGUGCAGGAUUACUUUGGAGGCACGAUGGGCGAACCUUCUCUGGCGGACAAGUCCCUGGAGCUGAGCGCGCACUCCCGCUUCAUCAUCGGCUCUGUAUCGGAGGAUAACUCUGAGGAUGAGACGAGCUCCUUGGUGAAGAUCGACCUCCUGGAGGACAAAGAGCAGUCCCUGUCGCCAGUCUCCGUCAGUUCGGACUCACUUUCCGACCUGGUUCCCUCCAGCGUCCAGGAUGGCCAUAUGAGGCCGAGUAUGUCCGGUCUCCACCUCAUGAAGCAAGGCCGGGACCGGAAGAAGGUGGACCUACAGAGGGAUUUCACCGUCGCCUCCCCGGCAGAGUUUGUCACUCGUUUUGGAGGGAACAAAGUUAUUGAGAAGGUUCUCAUUGCCAACAACGGCAUCGCGGCGGUGAAAUGCAUGCGGUCCAUCCGACGCUGGUCCUACGAGAUGUUCCGGAACGAGCGCGCCAUCCGGUUCGUGGUCAUGGUGACCCCCGAAGACUUGAAGGCCAACGCAGAAUACAUCAAGAUGGCCGAUCAUUAUGUCCCGGUACCUGGAGGUCCAAAUAACAACAACUAUGCAAACGUGGAACUGAUUCUGGAUAUUGCAAAACGGAUUCCCGUGCAGGCCGUAUGGGCCGGUUGGGGCCACGCCUCCGAGAACCCCAAGCUGCCUGAGCUCCUCCACAAAAAUGGAAUCGCCUUCAUGGGUCCGCCGAGCCAAGCGAUGUGGGCGCUGGGUGACAAAAUCGCCUCGUCAAUCGUGGCCCAGACCGCAGGCAUCCCCACGCUUCCAUGGAGCGGCAGCGGCCUGCGAGUAGAUUGGCAAGAGAGCGACUUUCUGAAGCGCACCUUGAACGUCCCCCAGGAGUUGUACGAGAAGGGCUGCGUGACAGACGUGGAUGAUGGGCUUCGGGCAGCCGACGAAGUUGGUUAUCCAGUCAUGAUCAAAGCUUCCGAGGGAGGCGGAGGAAAAGGGAUCCGGAAAGUGAACAAUGCGGACGACUUCCCCAAUCUCUUUAGGCAGGUUCAAGCUGAAGUGCCGGGAUCCCCCAUCUUUGUCAUGCGCCUCGCCAAACAAUCCCGCCACUUGGAGGUCCAGAUCCUCGCAGACCAGUACGGCAACGCCAUCUCCCUCUUCGGCCGUGACUGUUCGGUGCAGCGCCGGCACCAGAAGAUCAUUGAGGAAGCCCCGGCGUCAAUUGCUACUUUGGCGGUCUUCGAACACAUGGAACAGUGUGCGGUGAAACUCGCCAAGAUGGUGGGCUACGUGAGCGCCGGUACGGUAGAAUACCUCUACAGCCAAGAUGGCAGCUUCUACUUCUUGGAGCUCAACCCUCGGCUCCAGGUGGAGCAUCCUUGCACGGAGAUGGUGGCCGACGUCAACCUGCCUUCAGCUCAGCUCCAGAUUGCCAUGGGAAUUCCCCUCCACAGGAUCAAGGAUAUCCGAGUCAUGUAUGGGAUCUCUCCCUGGGGAGACAGCCCUAUUGAUUUUGAGAAUUCUGCCCAUGUGCCUUGUCCAAGGGGUCAUGUGAUCGCUGCCCGCAUAACCAGCGAGAAUCCUGACGAGGGAUUUAAACCCAGCUCUGGAACGGUCCAGGAGCUGAACUUCCGCAGCAACAAGAACGUGUGGGGCUAUUUCAGCGUCGCGGCCGCUGGGGGGCUUCACGAGUUUGCCGACUCUCAGUUCGGUCACUGUUUCUCCUGGGGAGAAAACCGCGAGGAAGCCAUCUCAAACUUGGUUGUGGCCCUGAAGGAGCUGUCCAUCCGAGGGGACUUUCGAACCACGGUGGAGUACUUGAUCAAGCUGCUGGAGACAGAGAGCUUUCAACACAACAGCAUCGACACUGGCUGGCUGGACCGGCUCAUCGCAGAGAAAGUGCAGGCAGAGAGACCAGACACCAUGCUGGGCGUAGUGUGCGGGGCUCUCCACGUGGCGGACGUGAGCUUUCGGAACAGCGUCUCCAACUUCCUGCACUCCCUGGAGAGGGGCCAGGUCUUGCCGGCUCAUACGCUGCUGAACACAGUGGAUGUGGAACUCAUCUACGAGGGCAAGAAAUACGUGCUGAAGGUGACCCGGCAGUCGCCCAACUCCUACGUGGUCAUCAUGAACGGCUCCUGCGUAGAGGUCGACGUUCACCGGCUGAGCGAUGGAGGUCUCCUCUUGUCCUAUGACGGCAGCAGCUACACCACCUACAUGAAGGAGGAAGUGGACAGAUAUCGCAUUACCAUUGGCAACAAAACCUGUGUGUUUGAGAAGGAAAACGAUCCGUCCAUUCUGCGUUCCCCUUCAGCAGGGAAGCUCAUCCAGUACGUGGUGGAAGACGGAGGGCAUGUCUUCGCAGGCCAGUGUUUUGCUGAAAUCGAGGUCAUGAAGAUGGUGAUGACGCUCACAGCGGUGGAGUCGGGCUGCAUCCAUUACGUCAAGCGCGCCGGUGCCGCCCUCGACCCAGGCUGCGUGAUUGCCAAGCUGCAGCUGGACGACCCGAGUCGGGUUCAGCAGGCUGAACUCCACAUGGGUGUCCUGCCCAAGAUCCAGAGCACGGCGCUCCGAGGCGAGAAGCUCCAUCGCGUCUUCCAUUACGUCCUCGACAACCUGGUCAACGUGAUGAAUGGGUACUGCCUGCCGGAGCCCUUCUUCAAUAACAAGGUGAAGGACUGGGUUGAACGGUUAAUGAAGACCCUGCGGGACCCCUCCUUGCCUCUCCUGGAACUUCAGGAUAUCAUGACCAGCGUCUCUGGGCGGAUCCCCCCUAAUGUGGAAAAAUCCAUCAAAAAGGAGAUGGCCCAGUAUGCCAGCAACAUCACGUCCGUUCUCUGCCAGUUCCCUAGCCAGCAGAUCGCCAAUAUCUUGGACAGUCACGCGGCCACCCUGAAUCGCAAAUCGGAGCGCGAGGUCUUCUUCAUGAACACCCAGAGCAUUGUGCAGCUGGUACAGAGGUACCGUAGCGGCAUCCGAGGGCACAUGAAGGCAGUGGUGAUGGAUUUGCUGCGGCAGUACCUGAAGGUGGAGACUCAGUUCCAGCACGGUCACUACGAUAAGUGCGUCUUCGCCCUUCGAGAGGAGAACAAAACUGACAUGAACGCCGUCCUGAACUACAUCUUCUCUCACGCUCAAGUCACCAAGAAGAACCUCCUCGUGACGAUGCUCAUUGACCAGCUGUGUGGCCGAGAUCCAACCUUGACGGACGAGCUCAUUAACAUUCUGACGGAUCUGACCCAACUCAGUAAGACCACCAACGCCAAGGUGGCACUACGAGCCCGACAGGUCCUUAUAGCUUCCCACUUGCCGUCAUACGAACUGCGUCACAACCAGGUGGAAUCCAUCUUCCUUUCUGCCAUUGAUAUGUACGGGCACCAGUUCUGCAUAGAGAAUCUCCAGAAACUCAUUCUUUCGGAGACAUCCAUCUUUGACGUGCUCCCAAACUUCUUCUAUCACAGCAACCAGGUGGUGCGGAUGGCAGCUCUGGAGGUGUAUGUUCGAAGGGCAUACAUCGCCUACGAGCUGAACAGUGUCCAGCACCGCCAACUAAAAGACAACACUUGUGUGGUGGAGUUCCAGUUCAUGCUACCCACUUCACACCCAAACAGAGGGAACAUACCCACGCUCAACAGGAUGUCCUUCUCGUCCAACCUCAACCACUACGGCAUGGUCCACGUCGCCAGCGUGAGUGACGUGCUCCUGGACAACUCGUUCACCCCGCCGUGCCAGCGCAUGGGUGGAAUGGUCUCCUUCCGGACCUUCGACGAAUUCGUUCGGCUCUUCGAUGAGGUCAUGGGAUGCUUUUGUGAUUCUCCUCCACAAAGUCCUACCUUCCCGGAAGCCGGUCACCCGUCCUUGUAUGACGAAGACAAGAGUGCCAGAGAUGAGCCCAUUCACAUCCUGAACGUCGCCAUUAAGACGGAUUGUGACAUCGACGAUGAAGGCCUGGCCGCCAUGUUCCGAGAGUUCACGCAGAGCAAGAAAUCCGUUCUCAUCGACCACGGCAUUCGACGGUUGACUUUCCUAGUGGCACAAAAGGAUUUCAGGAAACAGGUCAACUGCGAAGUGGACCAGAGAUUUCACAGGGAAUUCCCCAAAUUCUUCACCUUCCGUGCAAGGGAUAAGUUUGAAGAAGACAGGAUUUACCGCCACUUGGAGCCGGCCUUGGCUUUCCAACUGGAGCUCAACCGGAUGCGCAACUUUGACCUGACCGCCAUCCCAUGCGCCAACCACAAGAUGCAUCUUUACCUGGGCGCAGCAAAAGUCGAGGCGGGAGCGGAGGUGACCGACUACAGGUUUUUCGUCCGGGCGAUCAUCCGCCACUCGGACUUAGUUACUAAGGAGGCGUCCUUUGAGUACCUGCAGAACGAAGGGGAGCGCUUGCUCUUAGAAGCCAUGGACGAGCUGGAAGUGGCUUUCAACAACACGAACGUGCGCACUGACUGCAACCACAUCUUCCUCAACUUUGUCCCCACAGUUAUUAUGGACCCGUCGAAGAUUGAGGAGUCCGUCCGGAGCAUGGUGAUGCGGUACGGGAGCCGCUUGUGGAAACUCCGGGUUCUCCAGGCAGAGCUGAAGAUCAAUAUCCGGCUGACGCCAACCGGCAAAGCAAUACCCAUCCGCCUCUUCCUGACCAAUGAGUCUGGCUACUACCUGGACAUCAGCCUGUACAAGGAAGUGACGGACUCCAGGACUGCCCAGAUUAUGUUCCAGGCUUAUGGCGAUAAGCAAGGGCCGCUACACGGAAUGUUGAUCAACACCCCGUACGUAACGAAGGACCUGCUCCAGUCAAAGAGAUUCCAGGCGCAGUCGUUAGGGACGACUUAUGUCUACGACAUCCCCGAAAUGUUUCGUCAGUCUUUGAUUAAACUGUGGGACUCCAUGAAAGAGUUUGCGACCUUGCCUGCUCCGCCGCUGCCUUCCGACAUGCUGACGUUUACAGAGUUGGUGCUGGACGACCAAGGCCAGCUGGUGCACAUGAACAGGCUGCCUGGAGGAAAUGAGAUCGGCAUGGUGGCCUGGCGGAUGACCCUCAAAUCCCCCGAGUAUCCAGACGGCCGGGAUAUCAUUGUCAUUAGCAACGAUAUCACAUACCGGAUCGGGUCCUUUGGGCCCCAAGAAGACCUGCUCUUUCUUCGGGCGUCGGAGCUUGCUCGGCUGCAGGGCAUCCCCCGGAUCUACGUGGCUGCCAACAGCGGGGCCAGGAUCGGUUUGGCGGAGGAGAUCCGCCACAUGUUCCACGUGGCGUGGGAAGACCCAGUGGAUCCCUAUAAAGGAUUCAAGUAUCUGUACCUAACUCCCCAGGAUUAUAAGAAAGUCAGUGCCUUGAACUCAGUACAUUGUGAGCACGUGGAAGAUGAAGGGGAGUCUAGGUAUAAAAUUACUGAUAUAAUUGGGAAGGAAGAAGGCCUUGGGACGGAAAACCUGCGGGGAUCUGGAAUGAUCGCAGGAGAAUCAUCGCUGGCAUAUGAAAACAUUAUCACCAUCAACCUGGUGACGUGUCGGGCGAUCGGGAUCGGGGCCUACGUUGUCCGGUUGGGACAGAGGACAAUCCAAGUGGAGAAUUCGCAUAUCAUCUUGACUGGAGCGGGAGCCCUCAACAAGGUGCUUGGAAGAGAAGUAUACACAUCUAACAACCAGCUGGGUGGGAUUCAAAUCAUGCACAACAACGGGGUGACGCACAGCACAGUUUGUGACGACUUCGAAGGUGUCUAUAACAUUCUGCUGUGGCUGUCCUACAUGCCCAAGAGUGUGUUCAGCCCCGUUCCGGUGCUCACCGUAAAGGACCCGAUAGAAAGAGCCAUUGACUUUGUUCCCACCAAGACGCCUUAUGAUCCUCGCUGGAUGCUGGCUGGACGGUCUCACCCGACUCAAAAAGGCCAGUGGCUCAGUGGUUUCUUUGACUAUGGGUCUUUUCUGGAGAUCAUGCAACCCUGGGCUCAGACAGUCGUGGUGGGCAGAGCCAGGCUCGGUGGAAUACCUGUCGGAGUGGUUGCUGUUGAAACCAGGACAGUUGAACUAAGCAUCCCUGCAGACCCUGCAAACCUGGACUCGGAAGCCAAGAUUAUCCAGCAGGCUGGCCAGGUUUGGUUCCCUGACUCUGCCUUUAAGACGGCCGAAGCGAUCAAGGACUUCAACCGAGAAGGGCUCCCGUUGAUGGUCUUCGCCAACUGGAGAGGAUUCUCUGGAGGAAUGAAAGACAUGUAUGACCAGGUGCUGAAGUUUGGGGCCUACAUUGUCGACGGCCUGCGGGAGUACAAGCAGCCGGUCCUCGUCUACAUCCCGCCGCAAGCGGAGCUGCGGGGAGGCUCCUGGGUCGUGAUUGACCCCACCAUCAACCCUCGACACAUGGAGAUGUACGCCGACCGGGAGAGCAGAGGCGGGGUUCUGGAGCCUGAAGGCACCGUGGAAAUCAAAUUCCGCAAGAAGGACCUGGUGAAAACGAUGAGGCGCGUGGACCCCAUCUACGUCCGUCUGGCAGAGCGACUCGGCACCCCGGAGCUAAGCCCGACUGAGCGGAAGGAACUGGAGACCAAGCUGAAGGAACGGGAGGAAUUCCUAAUUCCCAUUUACCAUCAGGUAGCCGUGCAGUUUGCUGACUUGCACGACACGCCCGGCCGGAUGCAGGAGAAGGGUGUCAUUACGGAUAUUCUAGACUGGAAGACUUCGCGCACUUUCUUCUACUGGAGACUCCGACGCCUUCUGCUUGAGGACUUGGUCAAGAAGAAAAUCCACAGUGCUAACCCUGAACUGACAGAUGGCCAGAUCCAAGCAAUGUUGAGACGCUGGUUUGUGGAAGUUGAAGGCACGGUCAAGGCAUACUUGUGGGAUAAUAACAAAGACCUAGUAGAGUGGCUGGAGAAACAGCUGACGGAGGACGAGGGCGCUCGCUCGGUGGUAGAUGAGAACAUCAAAUACAUCUCCCGGGACUACAUACUCAAGCAGAUACGGAGCUUGGUCCAAGCCAAUCCAGAGGUCGCGAUGGAUUCCAUCGUCCACAUGACCCAGCACAUAUCGCCGACCCAGCGGGCUGAGAUCGUGCGCAUCCUCUCCACGAUGGACUCCCCCGCCUCGACGUAAGCGGGCGCGCCGGCCGCAGCAGCAAAAGGGCUCCGGCGUCCCGCUCUCGCCUUCCUGACCUGGCCCCGCCGAGGGGAAAUGCUGGAAACGGACUGAAUUUUCGUGUACUUUUUAUUUCAAAAUUUUAAAUCAGACUUGAGUGGAAGAGAGCAGCCUUUUAGUUACGAAAGACUGCAAGACGUCAGGCUCCCUUCAAAGUAACUUAUGAAUGUCGUAGAGCACUCCCUGUUUAUUUAACGAAGUGUGAUGGACCAACGUCUCAACUAACUGUUGUUUGUACAGCGCAUACAAAAAGAUAAUGACAGGUACUGCAGUACCCCGAGGUCUUAAAUCCAGGAAAGAAAACUAGGCGACGGCCUUCCCUGGUGUCCCCACCCCAAACCUUGUCUUGAAUACACUCUUGUCCGGCGUGUCUGUGACUUACAUGUCCAGUAAAUGGUCUAUGUGAUGGAGGCCCCACUCCUAACGGAAGAUGUGGGGUCUGGCUGCUGCUGCUCCACCCUCCUCUUCAUCCCCAGAGUUUAAAUCUACUCUUUGACAGUUAUCAGGUAGUUCAACAGCCUGGUGGCUGAAAGGUUUUUGUCCUGUAGGGGAGUAGAAGAACAAAAUACGCCUUUUUAAUGCAAGGGGCACCUUUCGAUAGGGCACCUUUUCAUUUCUGUAUCUGCGGGCAGGGCCUUCAGAGGUUCCUUUGUGAACCACGCAUGUAGGAAAGCCGCCGUGAAAACCUCCCUAGUGUCAGACCAAAGCGUUUAGAAAGAGCCCGAAGUUUUACGCGGCUUGGGAGAGAGAGCUUCCCUUCCUCCCGUCUGAUAUACAGACUGGGGGGGUGGGGGGGUGGACAUUUCUCUUUCCUAUGCAAAUGACGCACAGCGUGUCGGACAGGCGCCAUCGCUACAUCCCUUAAAACAGCCAUUCCGUAUUAACGAGAAAAGGGCCAAAUCGGAGCGAUAGGAUGAUGGAACCAAACGCCGGUUCUCUUGAGUAUAGCCCAUUUGGGGAAGAAGUAGCCGUGGGGCUUCAAGGAAUUUUAAGGAGCGACACUCUGUGUUGCAAGGAACAUGGGGUAGCGUUUCCCCUUCUAGGAUGCGCACUGCAAUUCCCCUCCUGUUCUGAUACCAUUCGGCCCUGGCAGCCCAGCACCGGCUGAUGCUGGCGGAGAACUGGGACUCACUGGGACGCCCAAAACGCACCGGGUACAGCCCUGAGAAGCCCACCGGUGCUGGCAUUUAUUUCCUCAGACCGCCUCCUAAGGGAAACCUAUUUGAGCGAAACCAUCUGCCGUAAAGAAAACGGUAUAAUCCAAUUAGCUAAACUCUCGCCCACCCCCGGCCCCGUUCUGUGGGCUGCCUGACCUGCUCAGGGGAUCCAUGCUGGAAGUCUGGAGCAGGGCGGCCGUGGCGGCAUCUCCUCUCCUAGCUGGGAAAGAAGAGCCUGGCUUUGCCUUGCCUUUUAGGCCACCGAGGUGGUGUGAAUGGACGGGCGGGAGCUGGAAGGCACAGGGCUGGGAUGGCCUUUCUUCAGCCUUCGCUCAUGGCACCAAGUGAGGAAGGGGGGAUUCAUGCUGCCAUUGAGGGUGUAUAUUUUGCAUGAUUACGGACGGUGCUGCAUCAGCGGUGUGCGAGUGAACUCUGCAGUGGAGUGCUGAUAGCGGAAUAGCAGGCAUUAAAAGGCAGGCAAGGCCCAGGCCUCACUUUUGGGGGGAUCCAACUGGGCCUUGCCCAUUCACAGGAAG